AUGAAGCAUAAGUCAGAUAGUCGCUCUAAAAAUGCAACAAUAUCUUUAGAUAUCCCAGAGGAACUUAUUCCGAAACCUUUAUUAAGUGAAGAAAUGGAGAUUUAUAGACAAAAACUGACAGGUGAUUUAGUGGAAAUUGAAAAGAGGAUAUAUGAACUGGAAACUUUCUAUUGGAACCAAACAACUGACAUAGGUAAUAUGUUGCGUGGAUGGGAUGGUUAUAUUAAUGUCAACACAUCAUCUGGAAGUACUGGAGCAAGAAAAUCUAACAUAAGUGGUGGUAGAAGCUCUUAUAGAUCUACCCAAACAAUGUUUACAGAUAAAGAUCGUUGGUUUUCUCUUUCUUCUGUUACUUCCCCAGUUGAAUUAGAUAGUAUUAAUACUCCCACUAACCAAAGUAGUAUGGGGGGUCCACUAGAGGGGUCUUCGGUAGUAGGAUCUGUUGUAUCUCAAUUAUCAGAUGCUGUCAUGAAUGAGAGUGAAACAGGCCAAUCUAACGCUAGUUCUAGGAAACAAAAGAGAUCUUAA